AUGUCAGUGGAAGAAGGUCUUAGUAAAUUGUCAGUGGAAGAACAGAAGAAGGUUGCAGAAGAAAAAGCUGCCGCCGAUCAAAAAAUCACUCCGUGGGAAGUGGAAGGAGCAGUAGUUGAUGGGGUUAGUCAAGGGAUCGAUUAUAAUAAAUUGAUUGAACAAUUUGGUACUAGAAAAAUAACUGAAGAAACAUUGAAUAGAUUUAAAGAAGUCACCGGACAUGAACCACAUCCAUUUUUGAAAAGAGGAGUAUUCUUUUCUGAACGUGAUUUGGCUAAAAUCUUAAAAUUAUAUGAAGAAGGUAAACCAUUUUUUUUAUAUACUGGUAGAGGUCCUUCGUCCGACUCGAUGCAUUUAGGCCAUAUGGUUCCAUUUAUUUUCACCAAAUGGUUACAGGAUGUGUUUGAUGUACCAUUAGUCAUUGAAUUAACUGAUGAUGAAAAAUUCUUAUUUAAACAAAAAUUGACCAUUCAAGAUGUUAAAAAAUUUGCUAAAGAUAAUGCAAAAGAUAUUAUAGCCGUUGGGUUCAGACCAGAAAAUACUUUCAUCUUUUCCGAUUUAGAGUAUAUGAAUGGUGCGUUCUAUGAAAACGUUGUUAGAACUUCAAGACAAAUUACUACUUCAACUGCAAAAGCAGUUUUUGGCUUCCAAGAUUCUGAUUGUAUUGGUAAAGUUCAUUUUGCAAGUGUUCAAAUUGCAACUGCAUUCCCAUCUUCUUUCCCAGAAGUUUUAAAUUUACCUCCCAAAACUCCUUGUUUAAUUCCUUGUGCCAUUGAUCAAGAUCCUUAUUUUAGAGUUUGUAGGGAUGUUGCUGAUAAAUUGAAAUUUUCAAAACCUUCUUUAAUUCACGCUAAAUUCUUCCCAGCUUUACAGGGGGCUUCCACUAAAAUGUCCGCUUCAGAUUCAACUACUUCAAUCUUUAUGGGUGACACUCCAAAACAAAUUGAGAAGAAAAUUAAAAAGUAUGCCUUUUCUGGGGGUCAAGCUACUUUAGAAGAUCAUAAGAAAUUCGGUGGUAAUCCAGAUGUUGAUGUUGCUUAUCAAUACUUAUCCUUUUUCAGUUACGAUGAUGAAAAAUUGGCUAAUUUAGCUUCUGGUUAUAGAUCCGGUGAUAUCUUAUCAAGUGAUAUGAAAAAAGAAUGUAUUGAAGUUGUUCAAGAAUAUGUUAAAGCUUAUCAAGAAAGAAGAAGUCAAAUCGAUCAAAACGUGGUGGAUUCUUUCAUGAAACCUCAUAGAUUGGUCUAUGGCCAACAAGAAAGAUUGGUUCCUAUUAAAAAAAAGGAUUAG